UAGAUGGCAAGCAGUCCUUUAUAUGUUGGAUAUGUUGCAGUAUAUCCUAGAUACAAUAUAUGUUUGCAGAACCGAACAGUUCUCUUGUUGCGUAGGGAGAAUUGGAUUCAGAAGGUAUAAAUAAUCCGGGAAGAAAAACAAAAAUGCAGACAGUUCACAUUCGUUUCCCAGUGUUCUUUCUUUGGGUGUAGCUGCUUUUGUCCGUCAUUUAUCAAUUGAAACUCAGGUCUCUUUGUCAAAGAAAUCCACUUCCAUCAAAAUAUGUCCUCAUACAAUAUCGUUGUCGAAGUGUAUAAUGAUCUCCUGGUUCUGCUCAUUUCACUUAGCAUCAGUUCAUGUAAGUCUCGCCAGUCCUCUCUGUAUUCAUCCUGCUGGUCAUUUCUUACAGAACAAUAAUAUUCCAUAACAUUCAUAUACCACAAUUUACCCAGCCAUUCUCCAAUUGAUGGGCAUCCAUUCAUUUUCCAGUUUCUGGCCACUACAAACAGGGCUGCUACAAACAUUUUGUGUGCAUAACCUUUUUAAUUUAAGGUAAUCAGUUAUCCAUUUUCAUUUCUCUACUUCUGCUUUGUCCAUCUAUUCCACCCUUCUCUAUAUAUGGAGUAUGAGACGUAGGUCUGUGCUAAGGUUGGAGGUAGUUUUUACCUUGCUUGAUAUUGUCAGCGCUUAAUACAGGGGCAGGCACACUUUCUGCUCUGGUUGAUUUAUCAAAGGUAUACACUUGAAGGCUGGGUAACUUUGAACGCAUCUAGAGCCACGUAAGGCUGGAGAGACCAAUGGGGACGAUCAGAGGGCGGAGCUGAAAUCUCAAAGUGCCCUCUCCGCUUUUGAAGACUGCUUAAUGGUUGGAGGGGAAGGAAGGAGGAGAUAAGAGGAAGAAGACGCAGCCAGUGGAAUUUGAAAGCCAAGGCGGGCUGCGGACGGGAGCAAAAUCCCGGCCCAGAUUUCUUUUUAAAAGAUCGGAUCAUCUUGUGUAUCCGGCCCAAAGGAGGGUCUAGAUUUAGAUCCGGUCAGAGGGGAAAUCCAGGCUUUGACUUUCAACUUUUGGACUGCGCAGGAGACCCGGGCGGAUGGUAUUGUUCGGAGUGUGAGCCUAUUAGGAGGGAGGGUCUGUCUUGUUACACUCGGCUACAACACUUAAAAACACUUCGGAGGCUCCAAACAUGGACCGGCGGCGAAGUUCGAGGCCUGGCAGAGCCGCGAGUCCCAAGAAAGAGUUAAAGAAAACAGGGAGACACAGUCAAAGAAAAGAGCCAAAGAAAAAACCAUCGCAUCUUUCUUGUAAAUUACCUUUCCCUGAAGACCUGGAUAUCUCAAUUAUUGGGAAGGUAAAAGAAACUGAACAAGAUGAAGAAUUGGGUGAUUCUUUUGUUGCUCCUUUACAUAGUACUGCUUUGUAUUCGGAAGCAGAGGAAAUCUUCAGACCUAGCGAGUCCCUGAUCCCUUCAGUUGUUUCCACUCCAUCUGGAAAAAAGGCAAGAACAAGCAUGGAAGUGAUUGAAAAUCAAUCUGAGGAAGAAGAAGGUUCUAUAAUAGGGAGAACAAAAAAGGCAUUAAGAAAAUCCAGGCCAUUACUUGAUGAUGAUACUGAAUCGGAAAGCAUUUCAGACAGAGUGACACAUUUAGUAAAGGGAAUGAGAAAGCAGAAGACUAGAGCUUCCUCACCUGUAUGUUCUACAAACCUUCCAGAGAAAUGUGCAGAGUCAGUGUUUUCUAAUGAACUCUUUGUUGCUGGAAAAGCAUCACUUGUCACCAAGAAUGAAGCGAAGACUCUCAGAAGAGGGAUCUCUCUUGAAAAGGAGAAAUCUGAAAGUCACCCAUUAAACCCAGACUCUCAGUGUAUUUCAUCUCUAGAGAAGAAGAAAAGGUCUACCAGAGGUAAAGCAAAGUCACAUAUUGUGUUAUCUGCAUUUGAGGACACCCUGGUACAGUACAAGCAGCAAGUGGAUUCUAUAAUUUGCCAAAGAGCAAUCGACAGUUUUUAUUCUGUUUUUAAGGAACAAUUUAUUAAAAUUCUUUCCGAAGUCCAGAAACUGAAAAAUUUAAAAAGGAAGAAUGCCAAGGUGAUUACAAAUAUCAAUAAGAAAAGGAAAUGUUUAUUUGAAGCUCAAGAUCAACUAAUAAGGACUGAACCACAGCUGAAAUAUCUACAAAUAAAAUAUGAGGAACUUAAAGAAAGAAAAUCCUCCUUCACAGAAGCAACAUGGUUUUUCUCCAAUUUAAAACAGCUUCAUGAUGAUUAUGCAGUUCUUAAUAGGCAAGCUCCAUUAGGAAAAGAAGAGUAUGACUCAUCCAGCCUACCAGCUCUGCUGUUUGAAGCAAGAAGCAUUUCGGGAGCAGCACAACACCUGAAGAAAAUCAACUCUCACCUUCAGCAGCUCUCUGACCACAAAUGAGAGAGAACCUGCCUUAGGUGGGGAGACAGAGCACCAGCAACUGAAAAAGAGGAAAGCCCAAACAAAGAAGACUGUAAUUGAUCUGAGUUGAAAGAAAAUCAGGUAUUUUAAGAGACAGAAGUGAGGGGAAGUAUAUGGAAGAGAGUUAGUAUAAAGGUAUGGAGACAAGAUAUAGAGUGUUGGUAUGAAUCACAAGAAAAUGAAGCUGGAUUCCAUGCUAAUCAGCUCAACUCUGUACUGUCCUUUGCUCUUUACUCCUUUUCCCUAUUACCUCAUAUUAAUAAUCAAUUAUUCAUUAAGAUUACAAUUUUUUUCCUUUCUAUUUCCUUAUUCACAAACGAACCCCUAUAGAUUUAACACAGCCAGUCUUUGAAGGACACUACUGACCUUGCUCAAACAAAAUUCUAUCCCACUUAGAUCAUUAUCUAAGUGGAAUUAUUAUCCCAGCCAAUUAAAAAAAACCUAAGCCAACUCCUAAUACUGAAUUAAUCUCAUCACUCACUGUGGCCUUUUCUCUCAUACAAGUGGUGCUGAAUAGAGUUACAAGAAGUCAUACAACUGACUAAAUCCAUUUUAGAUCAUCUUAACUGUGUCCUUACUGCAUUAAGGCAUCCUUGAGAAUCUCCCUAACAGCUUUUCUAGCCCACUAACCACAAAUAGCUGUUCCAAACCUCUUUUCUCCUCAAGCUUCUUAUAGCACUCUCUCUUUUACCCAUUCAUCCAAGGGGCUUACAUCUUAUACUUUUACCAAGAAAAAUUAAGGCCAUCAGCCAAGCAUUCCUCCUCCUUCCCUUCUAACUCUUAUAACUCUUUGACAUCAUCCCUAGUCUCUUCCUGUUUUCCACUAUCUAAUGAAGAAGGAAUCUUUUGGUCAUUUUUUCUGCACAAAAUUUUAAUAUCUUUCCCUCUUGUCUUCAAUAGAUUUUCCUCACUCAUAUCCCUUUCUUCCCCUAUUCUUUAACCUCUCCCUAUCAAUUCUUUCUCUGUAGUCUAUAAAAACUUCAAAGUCUCCCGUAUCCUUAAAAAAUCCUCACUAGAUUCUACUAGCCAUCGCUUUAUAUAUCUAUAAACCUCUCUUCUAUAUUACUUUAAAAAGUUGUUUACACAAGUUGCCUCUACUCUCUUCUCAUUCUGAUAAACCCUUUACAAUCUGGCUUCUUAACACUUAACUGAAACUACUCUCAGAUGUUACCAAAGAUUUCUUCAUUGUCAAACAAUUUUUGCCUUUUCUUAAUCUUCAUCUUUCUCAUCUUUUAUGAAAGAUUAAAUGACCAUGCUUUUAUUAAUUAUUCACUACCCCUAAUUAAUAAAGUGAUUAUCCAGACACCUUAGCCAGCUCCAGUUCUAAUUAAUCUCAUCAUCCAGUGCCUUUUCUCUUAUGCAAUCAGUGCUGAACAGAGUUGCAAAAAAUCAUACAACUAACUAGAUCCAUUUUAGAUCAUCUUAACUCUGCACUGUUGACUAUCUUUUCUUGUGCUCUCUUGUAACAUUCCCUAUUUUACUGCUCAUUCUUGGUUUUAAUUGCUAAAUCGUCAUCUACAUUUCACCCCUUAACUUUCUCUUGGGCCCCUCUUUCUCUUCUCUCUAUACAUUCUGACAUUUCAUGACCUCAUUGGCCGCCAAGAAUUCAAUGAUUAUCUUUAUGACUCUCAGAACCAUACUGACUUUGCCCAGAUUCAGUUUCACUAUCACAAAUUGCCCACUAGAUAUUUCAGAGUAUGGACUGUAGGGAUCCCAAACUCACCAUGGCCAAAACAGAGCUUUUCUUAAAAAUCCAUUUUGCUUUCAGACUUUCCAAUGUCUGUUGAGGAUGUCACCAUCCUUACCUUUAUGCAGGCUUGUACACUUGGUGUCAAGCCUCAAUUUCUUGUUCUCCCUCAUUCCACAUCUUCAAACAGUUGCCAAAUCUUGUCUGUUUUUAGGAUUUAGUCUCCUUCCCAGAGCCUGCCUCAGAAGACUCUUUUUAGAUCUUGCUGAUUGAGGAAUUGCAGAAUUGACAUUUGAAUCCCAGCUUCCUCCUCCUAUGUCACUUUUCAGGGCUUUAGAGAUGUGGAUUGGAUUCUUGUUUAUUUACAACUUUUAAUCUGUUUCCUUCUCUAUAUGCAAGGAACAGUACCUCCUUAAUUCAGGCCCUUGCCAUCUUGCAGUUCGCUUCAUGUUUCUCUCUCUGAUAUUCCACAUAGCAGCAAAAAUGAUAUUCCUCCAGAACAUAUCUGACUUUUAUCAAUCAGUUGUUCAAUAAACUCUAGUAGUCCUCUAUUACCUCUAAGACUCAAUAUAAACUCCUCAGUUCAGAAUUUAAAGUGCUUUACUAUCUGACUCACAUUUAUCUAUAUUAUCUUCUAUAUUAUUCCCCUUCAAAUCUAUGAUUCAGUCAAACUAGCCUUUAACUAUUCCUCACACCUGACAUUCCAUCUGGUGCCUCCACACUUUCGGACAGGUUAUCCCUAAAGCCCCAGAUGCUUUGCCCUCCUACUCUUAGGAUGCCUAGUUUCCUAAAAAGCUUUGUUCCAACACCACCUCCUGUGUGAGGCCUUCCCUGAUCUUUUAGUCCCGCCUCUGCAAAAUUACUUUGUAUUUACUCUGCAUGUACUCUUUAUGUGUGCAUGUUGCUUCCCUUGAGAGAUUUAUAAGUUGCUUAAAAGGAUGGAUUAUUUCAGUUCUGUCAGCAUCCUCAGUACCUGACCCAGAAUAGACCUUUCAUAAACUCUUGCUGAUUGCUGAGAAAUUAGAUCACCUACAUUUGAAUUCUAGCUAUCUCUUCCUCCCCCCCUUCACCCCCCCCCCCCCAAUCACCUUUCAGGGCCUCAGAGGGAUUUGGCCUGGAUUAAUUCUUAGACACUUCCAACUUUAAAUUUAUGAUCUUUUCUUUAUGAAUUUAAAGUGAGAUCAGUAGAAUCAGAACUAUGUAUAUAUACACUUCAACUAUAUUUAAAAUAAAUAAGUAAACUAAGUUUUUAAGAAAGGUAAGAAAACUAAAAAACAAAGUUAACAGAACUUAGAGACUUAAAAGAGACACACUGCACAAAAACAUUUAUAGCUUGUUAAUUCCUUUGUUUCUGUCUUAGUAAAUGUUAAAGAUUCUUUUUAUUGAAGAUUUUCCUCCUUUAUUUAUUCAUGUAUGUAUGUUUAUUCAUUAUUAUUAA